CGGGCGCGUGGCGGCUGCUUGGACCCGCGCGAGUCACGCUCGAGUCCGGGUCCCGGCAGCUCGCGGUGCUCACGGGCCAUGUCGUGGCUCUUUGGCAUCAACAAGGGCCCCAAGGGCGAAGGUACAGGGUCGCCGCUGUCCUUGCCGCCCGUGCAGCCCGGGGCCGAGGGUGGUGGCGACCGCGGCGCGGGAGACCGACCGGCGCCCAAGGACAAAUGGAGCAACUUCGAUCCGACGGGCCUGGAGCGCGCGGCCAAGGCGGCGCGCGAGCUGGAACACUCGCGUCAUGCCAAGGAGGCACUGAACCUUGCACAGAUGCAAGAGCAGACGCUACAGCUGGAACAACAGUCCAAGCUUAAGGAGUAUGAGGCUGCUGUGGAGCAGCUGAAGAGUGAGCAGAUCCGUGUGCAGGCUGAGGAGAGGAGGAAGACCCUGAGUGAAGAGACGCGGCAGCACCAGGCUAGGGCCCAGUACCAGGACAAGCUGGCCAGGCAGCGCUAUGAGGACCAGUUGAAGCAACAGCAACUUCUGAACGAAGAGAAUUUACGGAAGCAGGAGGAGUCUGUGCAGAAGCAGGAGGCCAUGCGGCGAGCCACUGUGGAGCGGGAGAUGGAGCUGCGACAUAAGAACGAGAUGCUGAGGGUGGAGGCUGAGGCCCGGGCUCGGGCCAGAGCUGAUCGGGAGAAUGCAGACAUCAUCCGGGAGCAGAUCCGCCUAAAGGCUGCUGAGCACCGUCAGACCAUCCUGGAGUCCAUCAGGACAGCUGGCACUCUGUUUGGCGAAGGAUUUCGUGCCUUUGUGACAGACUGGGACAAAGUAACAGCUACGGUGGCUGGAUUGACACUGCUGGCUGUUGGAGUCUAUUCUGCCAAGAACGCCACUGCGGUUGCCGGCCGGUAUAUUGAGGCUCGAUUAGGGAAGCCAUCCCUAGUGAGGGAGACCUCCCGCAUCUCAGUGUUGGAGGCACUGAGGCACCCUGUCCAGGUCAGCAGGCGUCUCCUCAGCAGGCCGCAGGACGCGCUGGAGGGCGUUGUUCUCAGUCCCAGCCUGGAGGCACGGGUGCGGGACAUCGCCAUAGCAACAAGGAAUACCAAGAGGAACAAAAGCCUAUAUAGGAAUAUUCUCAUGUACGGGCCACCAGGGACCGGCAAGACACUGUUUGCCAAGAAACUCGCACUACACUCAGGCAUGGACUACGCCAUCAUGACAGGCGGAGACGUGGCUCCCAUGGGACGGGAGGGUGUGACCGCCAUGCACAAGGUCUUCGACUGGGCCAGCACCAGCCGGCGAGGCCUUCUGCUCUUUGUGGACGAAGCAGAUGCCUUCCUCAGAAAGCGGGCCACUGAGAAGAUAAGUGAAGACCUCAGGGCUACUCUAAAUGCCUUCCUACACAGGACGGGCCAGCACAGCAGCAAGUUCAUGCUGGUUCUGGCCAGUAACCAGCCCGAGCAGUUCGACUGGGCCAUCAACGACCGCAUCGACGAGAUGGUCUGCUUUGACCUGCCACGGCAGGAGGAGCGCGAGCGCCUGGUGAGAAUGUAUUUUGACAAGUAUGUUCUUAAGCCGGCCACAGAAGGAAAGCAACGCCUGAAGUUGGCCCAGUUUGACUACGGGAAGAAGUGCUCAGAGGUUGCCCAGCUGGCAGAGGGCAUGUCAGGCCGUGAGAUCGCCCAGCUUGCUGUGGCAUGGCAGGCCAUGGCAUAUGCCUCUGAGGACGGAGUCCUCACAGAGGCCAUGAUGGAUGCCCGUGUCCAAGACGCUGUUCAGCAGCACCAGCAGAAGAUGCAGUGGCUGAAGGUGGAGGGACCCAGGCCUGAGGCCAGUGAGCUCCCACUCCAUUGACUUCACAGCAACCAAGGGCACCGCACGUACCUGGCCAGGGACCACUGGCUGUACCCUUCUACUUCCCAGUCCCCUUAAUCUCUGGGCAAGGCCAGGGAUGCCCUGAAUGCCUUUGCCCAGCUGUGGGUGCUGCAUCAUGGUCGUUGACUCCCCUGCCCCAGUCUGCCCCUCCUGCUGUGGGUAUGGGCUGGGAACUAGGACAGGCCCCCUUCCAGGACACUUGGCAAGAUGUGUUCCCAAUCCCAAUUCAAAGCGGAGAGGAAACACCCAAAGGUUAGCUGUGCUAGCUGGACCAGGGCCUGUGGAGGCCAGAGGAUAAGGAGACCCUGUGCUGCCCAUCCUGUCCUUGGCCUGGACACCACCCCCACCCUGCACACAUUUGUGCUAACAAUCUGCCUGGCCCCUACCUGUUGGGGUGGAUCUGGGGCCAGGCAGCUGCUGGCCAUUGGCAUCCAGUGCUAAGAGGAGCUGCCACCCUCACUUUGACUGGAGCUGGUCCUUUUUAUCCAGAAUCUAAUAAAACUC